AUGGCCCGCCUGCCCCCCGCCAGCACUUCGACAGAGCACUACACCGCUCGCGAUCUUUUCGGAGGAGCAAUCAAGGUGGAUGUACCAUUCUCAUUCCUAGACGUGAGGUGAGCAUCGCGCGUUCACCUUCCAAGCCUCUGCGGAGAGCGAGCGAGCGAGCGAGCGAGCCUCCUCUGACUGUCCUGCGCGCACCCUUCCUGGAUGCCCUCGUUGCUUUUCCACCCCGGCACCAGUGAUGUUCGGCAAGUGCCAGAUACUCAGGAGGUGCACGUGUCGAGGGACAAGGACGACAUCAGCUUGAUUGUAGAGAUAUUGCAGGCCGUGGAUGUCGUUGCGCAGCAACCUGGCCGCAGUGAGUUGGAAAGUGCCGUGAGGUGAGUCGAUUUGCUGGAAGUCUCAGGGCGCAGAUGGCGCGUGGUGUGCUUCGAUUAGAAAGUUGCACGCAUCCAAGAGACAUUCGGGCAGCUUCGACUGAUUGCGCAACAAGUAUCAGCCCUGCUGACGGCCUUUCGCGGGAUGUGCAGGUAUCACUUUGACUCGAUAGCGCACGAUGGUGGGGCAGCAAGCUCCUCUGUCAAGCACGUUUGGACGACAUCGCCGUCACCAGCGACAAGUGUCUCACAGCCAAGCACGCCUUGCGCAGUCCUUCUCAUGGGUGAACAGAGCGUGGUCAAGUACGGAGAACGUUUCGCGCAUUCGGCUCAGGACAGGAUACGGGUUUGGGUGGCGCUCUUUAGACUCAGACCGGCGCGCAACAUUGAUUUGGUGCUCAGCGUGAAUGAGCCCCUGGCUCAAGCUGUGGCCGAUAAUGACACUGGGCAGGAGGAUCUGCGAGCAGAAAGCGCAGGCGAAAGGGUCGAACAGGUCAAAGAUGAAGCUGCGGAGAGUCGGGCUAGAGGGAUCUUUGAGAGGGCAGCUGGAACGCUCCGCAUACAUGACUGGGAUCUCUUUGCGGAAUGA